AUGACUGCGUGGCAGCCGCUGGCCAUCCUGGAGUACCGGCUGUUCUGUGACUCUCCAGAACCUCCAGAUGGCCAGUCCACCCCUGAUUGUCAUUCUGAGACCACUCUGGGGACAAGUGGAAAUCGUGUCAGAAUAAAUGUCCCCCAAAGCAUAAAAGAGCCAGCACUGGAUCUCUUCACUGUAGGGUUCAAGUGGAAUGACAGAGAACUGAAGUUUGCGCGGACUGUAAUUUUCACUGUGGCGGAGAUUAACAGAGAUUCUAAACUCCUUCCUGGAGUGAGUCUGGGCUAUAGGCUGUACAAUGGCUGUGGGAGUGAAAACCUGAUAAGAGCAGCCAUAGAAGCUGUAACUGGAGAUGAUUCAAAGGGCUGCAGUGGUCAGAUCCAGGCUCUCUUAGGCCAUUCAUCUUCUGGAGUGAGUGAGGACAUAAACAUCAUUCUAAGCCCGCUAUCAAUUCCACAGGUAAGCCAUCUUUCAACUUGUGCUUGUUUGAGUGACAAAAGACUCUACCCCACAUUCUUCAGAACUGUGCCAAGUGACCGCUUCCAAAUAAUUGGUCUGGUGCAGCUUAUGGAGUACUUUGACUGGCGCUGGGUGGGGAUCAUUUACUCUGCAAGUUUGUACUCAGAAAAAGGUACAGCUAAAUUCACUAAAGAAGCAAAGAAAGUGGGCAUAUGCGUUGAAUACACAUUACCUUACUCUAAGACAUCUAAAUCCAAGUUGGAAGCUAUUGUAAAGAAACUAAGGGAAUCCUCGUCAAAGGUGGUCUUGCUGUUUAUGUCCUUGUCCUAUACCAAAUCGUUCCUUUCAAAUAUUGAGAAUUAUAACAUAACUGGAAAACAGUGGCUUGGUGGUGAGUCUUGGAUCACACAAGCAGACCUGGCUUCUGUUGAGAGAAAGAGUAUUUUACAGGGGGCAAUGGGCUUUGCCCUUCCUGAGGCAUCAAUACCAGGUCUUGGUGAAUUCUUACUCAGCUUGAAACCUUCGGAUGAACCACGGAGUGCUAUAAUCAAAGCUUUCUGGGAGAAGUUCUUUGAUUGCAGCUUCUCUCCAUCAAAUACCACUACUAUGUGCACUGGCACAGAGGAUCUCAGGACAAUCUCCAGUGACUACACAGAUGUGACACAUUUCAGGGCUGAGAAUAAUGUGUACAAAGCUGUGUACUUGGUAGCCUAUGCCCUUCAUGCACUAUUGCAAUGUAAAAAUGGUUCAAAUCCCACCACGGGAAAGCCCUGUGUGAACAAGAAUCAAGUGCAGCCUAAGCUGGUGCUGGAACACAUUAACUAUGUGAACUUCACGACACAGAAUGGAGCAAAGGUUUUCUUUGAUGAAAAUGGAGACUCAGUUGCCCAGUAUGACUUAGUUAACUGGCAGAUGAAAGACGAUGGCUCUGUUGAGAUUGCAAAUAUCGGUCAAUAUGAUACCUCUUUUCCAGAGGGGAAAAAAUUCAAACUAAAAGAGAACACCAAAAUAGUAUGGGGAGGAAACAGUAAUGAGGUGCUAAGGUCUGUCUGCAGAGAACCAUGCCCACCAGGGACUCGUAAGGCUACAAACAAGUUUAAGCCUGUGUGUUGCUUUGACUGUUUUGAGUGCCCUGAGGGUACAAUGAGCAAUCAGACAAAUUCUCCAGACUGUUUGAUCUGUCCACCAGAAUUUUGGCCUAAUGAAAAGAAAGAUAAGUGUCUUCCAAAACCAACUGAAUACCUUUCUUACAAAGAGAUCAUGGGAGCAGUUUUAACUGGAUUUGGCUGUGUUGGCAUAUUUUUAUCUCUUCUGACAUCAAUUAUUUUUUUGACCCAUAAAGAGACUCCUAUUGUAAAAGCUAACAACUCUGAGCUGAGCUUCCUGCUGCUAUUUUCAUUAAAACUGUGUUUCCUGUGUUCUCUAACCUUCAUUGGCCGACCCUCUGAAUGGUCCUGCAGGCUCCGACACACAGCAUUUAGCAUCACCUUUGUCCUCUGUAUCUCUUGUGUUCUGGGGAAGACCAUAGUGGUUCUAAUGGCCUUCAGGGCAACACUUCCUGGCAGCAAUGUUAUGAAAUGGUUUGGGCCUGCACAGCAGAGGCUCAGUGUUCUCACUUUCACCCUCAUUCAAGUUGUGAUUUGUAUUCUUUGGCUGACAAUCAACCCUCCAUUCCCUAAGAGGAACAUGAAUUACUAUAAAGAAAAAAUAAUCUUGGAGUGUGCCCUGGGUUCAGCUGUUGGAUUCUGGGCUGUGUUGGGUUAUAUUGGAUUUCUAGCUCUCUUGUGUUUUAUACUUGCUUUUCUUGCUAGAAAACUGCCAGACAGCUUUAAUGAAGCCAAACUUAUCACCUUCAGCAUGCUGAUAUUCUGUGCAGUCUGGAUCACAUUUAUCCCAGCAUAUGUCAGCUCUCCUGGGAAGUUCACUGUAGCUGUGGAGAUAUUUGCUAUAUUGGCCUCCAGUUUUGGUUUGUUGGUGUGUAUAUUUUUCCCGAAAUGUUAUAUUAUUAUCUUCAGGCCAGAGCAAAACUCAAAAAAACAUUUGUUGGGGAAAAUACCACCAAGAACUCUUUGA